CCGCGCGCCCUAGGGCAGACCGCGAAAAGGGUUGAGAUCAUCAAAUUAGGGCACGAGAGCCCCGUUUACCAUCUCUAUACAGCAUCGCCGCGAGGGCAACACCGCCAUCCUUGCGGACAGAGCGAGAGGACCAAGGGUGUCAAGGAUAUACAUUCAUCAACCAGGGUGGAUUCUGUGGCUUCGGUAGGAAACCAAGAGAAGGUCGAAUACUAUAGAAAUGAUUCUCCUGCAGACAGCUGU